UGGACAAAGAGGGAAAGAGAGGUUGUCGAGGCGAAACGGCGUGGCGCUUGCGACUCAGUGUCUUUCCGGACGCCACACGUUCGAGACACGCACGCGAGUUUCCAUCUCCCCCCCUCCUCUCUCUCCCUCUCUCUUUCUUUCUUUUUUCUUUCUACCUCUUCCUCUCUUUCUCUCGCUCCCUCUCUGCUUGCCGGCCGCCUCAUCGUCCUUCUCUCUCUCUCUCUCAGAGGCGCUCUCCAUCCUGGCCGAGCGUCCGGGCGGUCGCGCUCCUCCGUCUUCCUCGCUCCGUCCUUCCUCGUGCUGUCUCUCUGCGCUCACCUCCAGGACGACGUCGAGGCACGUCGUCCGUGCCCUGCCCCCCUCUAUCCGGGCAUGAGAGGGACCAAUAGGAGCGCCGCUUCCGGCAACGAAGGCGCUCCAAUCGGCAUACGGCGCCGACGGAUAGAUGCUGACGAGCGGCGAUUUUGACAGUCGACACUGUGCUACUCUCAGCGCUCGCGGUUUAAUCGCUCGCGCGCGCACUGAGGCCUGUACCGGGGUGCACCCUCCGAGGCUCGCGGGACUCGGAGUCGGCUCGGCGCCGCGGUUCGUGAAUCGGAGCCAGUGCCCUCCGGAGCGUGGAUCCUAUCGCCUCGCCGCGGACUUGUCGCGCGCAGGGCCCACCAGGGGCAAGUCUGACAGCUCGCGGAAAAGUGUCGCCGGCUCUCCCGCGUUGGAUAUAUCCGGUCUCUCGUCAAUCGGUGAAUCGCGCUAGUUACCGCGACGCCUACCUGUACCCCCGAGUGAGUGCGACGAGGGAAGAGUUCGGCCCACAUCGACUACGCCCUCGAGCGAUCCGCAGCUGAGAUUCCCCACGGUCACGUGGACCGAGCGACACAGCGGGGCGCUCACGAAGAGCACUCGCUCGAGCUCUCGUCGGCGAGCGGAACGAUCGCGGAAAAUUCCGAGGCUUCGCAGAGCGGUUCUCCGCGCGAACGUCUCUCUCAUAGACCACGAGACCGAGAGUGAGAGACUGAGAGAGAAAAAGAGACAGACGCGCGCGCCUGCGGCUGUCAAGAAUAGUCGUAUAUUCCACGCGCCCGCUCCUGGAGCCGGAGCGGCUGGAAAACCGGCGGACAGCCUCGGUGAUCAAUUGAGCCGGCCGAUAAUUCAUCAAAGCACCCGAGAACGAUCGGGUCUCCUGGCAAGAGAGAGAGAGAGAGAGAAAGAGACGCACGCAGGUGUAUCGUCGCCGACACCUCCGCCGCGGAUGCGAGCGCGUCGUUCGCGCCGGUACGAGUGAAAGGAAGAGAGCCGAGGACUCGCGUUAGCCGAGCGCGGACCGGCCCGCGAGCGGGCGAGCGGGGCGACGAGGGUGCUAAUUAAAUGCGCGCGUGAGGUAAUCGGAUGAGCUGCGCUAUGGAGUAUCAGCAAUUGGCGCCACCGCCGGUACCAGGGGUGCUGCACCAGGCGGCGCAUCAUCCCCAGCAGCACCAGCAGCCGGUGCAACCGCCGCACCCGCACAUCGUGGUAGCGCCGGCACACCAGCCGCAGUCCCAGCAACAACCACCGCCACCGCCCCUACCGCCGACCUCCCACGGCCACCAAGUGCACCCGCCGUUACCACCCAUUCACGAUGACAGCACCAGCUCCAGGUGGUCUCAAUACCAACACCUGUGGAGGCAGCAUCACGUUUACAUGAACGGGAAACAAGGUAAAGAUGGACCAGAGGAGAAGAAGGAUGCUGACGGCGAACUCUGGGGCAACGUGGAAGCGCAGGCCGCCUUCCUCGGGCCCAAUCUCUGGGACAAAACUCUGCCCUACGAUGCCGACCUGAAGGUAUUGAAUCAUUACGUGGAUCUCGAUGAGUUUCUUUCCGAAAAUGGCAUCCCCGUUGACGGUGUGGCUGGCGGCGGACAGGGUGCCAUGCAGGGUAGCCAGCUGCAUAAAAUCAACAACACCGAGGCCAGCGGACAUCAAGGGUCAGCGGGUCUCCACUUGGAACCGGUCACCAAGCGUGAAAGGUCACCCUCGCCGAGCGAAUGUUGCUCGCCGGACCCCCUGAACCCACCCUCUCCCGCGGACUCCACGCUCUCGAUGGCCUCAUCGGGGCGAGACUUCGAUCCACGUACCCGGGCCUUCUCCGACGAGGAGCUCAAACCUCAACCUAUGAUCAAGAAAUCACGGAAGCAGUUCGUUCCGGAUGACUUGAAGGAUGACAAAUACUGGGCGCGUCGUAGGAAGAACAACAUGGCAGCGAAACGAUCGCGAGACGCGCGUCGCAUGAAGGAGAACCAGAUAGCACUCAGGGCCGGCUUCCUCGAGAAAGAGAACAUGGGUCUGCGGCAGGAGCUAGAGCGAUUAAAAAACGAGAACAUGCUGCUGCGCGACAAACUGAGCAAGUACACGGACGUCUAACACCCCACUGUUGGCCAUCUACCUGCUCGAGCGACACACAGAGAGAGAGACGCGGACACGAGGGCGCAUCACACCGGCCACCCCCUCGCUUAUAGUCGCAGCGCAUAGUCGCUUCGCCUCUACGGAGGAAGCGAAGAGGAAGGAGAGCAUGUCGACGAAAUACCAGCCACUCCCGACCCGACUGCCGCCGCCCUAAAGCCGACUUCCUCAGAAAUCUCUAGGGAUUCCUUCUCUCUCCAUACCUAUCUAUCUCACUCUCAGAGACAAACACCACACAUACAUACACACACGCACACAUACCCCCCCCCUAACCCUUCUCUCUCUCUCUCUCUCUCUCUCCCUUUUUCUCCCUCUCUCUUUCUUUCCCUCUCUCUCUCUCUCUAUCUCGAAUAAAAAUCUUCUUGAGUCCUCGCUCCUGGUCCCGCUCUAGAAAACUCCUCCACUUGUAAAUAGUUAUAUGUAUAGUUAGAUUAUAUACACACA